AUGGAUUCACUCCAGAGCAAAGGAUUUUCUGCGGAUGGAGAUAAAGAACGGUCUUCUCUUGAUAAAUGGUCUUCUCUUGGUAUUCUGGAGGAUUUGACAGGGGAAAGAGGUCAUCUAGACCUUGGAUUGAAUGCCAAGGCAACAGUCGCCACAGCUGUAAGCUCCCACCGAAGACGAAGACACCGAUACCCAAUCUUCAAUCGUAUUGAAGAUGAGAUUGAAGCUGCUCGCACCCGCCACAAACCAGACGAAGAUGAUGUUGUACUCUGGAGGUAUAAAGAUGAUGAGUACAAAUCAAUCUUUCGAACAGAUAGAACUUGGGAUCAGAUCAGACAGGCACGAUCUCUGGUUCCUUGGAGCAGAGUAGUGUGGUUCAGAUUCAACACCCCCAAGUGUGCUUUUCAGGUAUGGAUCGCGAUUUUAAAUCGCCUUCCAACAGGGGAUCGGAUUUUAUCUUGGAACGUCAACUUCCAUACUUCGUGUGUAUUUUGUCUUCAUCCUUUAGAGAGUAGAGAUCAUCUAUUCUUUGAUUGUCCAUAUACUUCGCAUGUGUGGACUGAACUAGCAAGCAGACUUUUUGGACCGAAAUUCUCUUGUGACUGGGAGACUCUAAUGGAUUUUCUCACUCACCAGCAGCAAAAUCUCCUGAUAAGCUUCACGCAGAAGUAUCUUUUCCAUCUCACCCUCUACCAAAUAUGGGGUGAACGAAAUGGAAGACGGCACGGCGAACCCUCCACUACCUCGACUCAGCUCAUCCAGAGAAUCGACAAGGGGAUGAGGAAUAGGUUCAACUCCAUACGAAUGCAAGGAAACCACAAGUACGAAGACGGAUACCAGCUUUGGAUCAGCUCACGAUCUGUUUACUUAGAUCCCACAUCAGCUUAA